GUAUGUGCCCAUUACAUAGGCCGUAGUCGUACUAUAUACUGGUCCCACCAGACAAUGUUGUCAAAAUGUGCUUCAUAUGAUUACACUGUAAUGUCUCUUUCUGUUAUGUUGAUGUUUUUUCUUGAGUUACAAAGAAAAGGCGAUUCUAUUGUGAGCGGAGAUAGGCCUAUAGAAUAAAUGGCUGAACAUGGCGGGCAGCAGGCAUCAGGCGAUGGGGAACGUGGCUACGCCUUAUGGCAGCUGGCUGGCGAGCUCGGUAUCAGCUGGAAGCUUAUUGGUCGACAUCUCGGAUACAGCGAAGCAAAGCUGGAAAAUCUACUCCUGGACUACCCCUCCCAUGCUCACGAGAGGGCGUACCAUAUGCUGCUGAGAUGGAAGAAAAACGCAAGUGCAGCCCCGUCUAUGCUAGUCGAACAACUACGAGGGGCAUUGCAGAAGGCAGAGCGGGGGGAUCUUGUGGCUUCUGUGACAGACAUUACAGUACAAAAUUCUGAUGAACCACUUAGAGAUGUAAGCCUUGGUAGUAAUUCAUCUUUCGACAAGGUGACUUUCUGCGGCAAAUUGAAGAAGUUCGUCCGUUUGAAGAUGAGCAAACUCCCUUUGGUUCCGUGGAUGACUACCGGAUGUAUCAAUGUUGACCAAGUGUUCACCAAUGUUCAACUUCUCAUUAGCAUCAUGAAUGCGUAUUUCCCCAUGAAAAUUCCCCUGAAGUCACACAACGCAAUUUUCACAGACUUGACAGAAGAGGGCGACUACUGUGGUACGCGCAUACUCAUGCGAGGCCGGACCGGCAGCGGGAAAACAACCUUGUUGACUAAGUACGCCUACGAUUGGAGCACAGACAAGAGUGAGGCGUUGCUACACGGCGUCCCGGUCGUGCUCGUUCUGCCCAUGCGCAAACUCGACCAUCGCAGCAAUCUUGGACAGGCGGUGCUUGAGCACAUGCUUCCGAACGAAAAUCGAAUCACUGCACCUGUAAUCGAGCAGUUCUGUGAGGACCACCCUGAUGAGGUGGUCGUCCUCUUUGAUGGCUACGAUGAGUUCAAGGGGAAGGGUCUUGAUCAAGAGGAUUGCGGUAACAUCGUAAGGAUACUGAGAGGGGAGUGGUUGACUGAAUGUCGGGUUGUUGUCACCACUCGACCGGCCCGAGUUGCCGAUUUCGAGGCCGACUAUGAAUCCUACCGCCACUUAGAGAUAACAGGUUUCACGCCCAAGGACAUUGAAGACUAUGUCCACAAAGUGUUCAGGGGUAAGAACAAACCACUUGGAGAUAGGUUGCUGGUCUACCUGGAAGAGAAUCAACUGAAUGAGCUUGCAUCCAUUCCGCUCAUGUUGACCGCAUUUUGCCAGCUAACCAAGUGGACGGAUGGUAAGGAUUUCGCUGAACUAAACACCAUCAGCAAGUUGUUUGACAGACUGAUUGAGUGUAUGUUUAUACAUGAUGCUAGUAAAAUGGCCAAAAAGAAGUCAUCGUCCGGUGUUAUUGUCACACCCAUUGUUUUGGGGUCGUUACAGCAAGAGUCAUUAGUUCUUGAGUUGGGGAAGGUUGCCCUGGAAGGAUUUUUUGGUGACGCUGAAGAGGAACUGAUCUUCUCCGAGGAAGACUUUUCUCGUUGUUCCCACCGAUUCCAAGUCAUUGAGCAAGGCUUACGGGUAGGGCUGCUUUCAAGGGACGGAGAAUCCAGUAUGCAACCGCAGAAUUACGAGGACCUUGGCAUGGAUGGACAGAGGCCUUCAACCAAGCGAGACAUUUCCUUCGUUCUGAAAAGCAUCCAGGAGAAAUGCGCAGGAAGGUAUCUGGCACAUUUGCUCGAGUGUGGCGAGGAAGAGAGAUUCACAACUUACCUCCAAAAGGUCGACAAUGAUCAGCGAGUUCUAGACUACACCAACAUUCUAAUAUUUGCCAGUGCUGACAACAAGAAGGCCGCUCGCCGCAUUUUGUCGCACGUUAUCGACAUACUCAGGGAUACGCAAGGCCAAAACAUCUCCCAGUACUUGAGAGGGAAGCUGCACUUCGAGCACUGCCAGAAAACACAACGUCUGAUCGAAACAUGCCUCCAACUGAACUUCGAGAGCAAGGGUAAGGGUCGCUUCAACGAUCUGUUUAACUCUCUCUUCGGUGACAGCUGCUGCGUGCGUUUGGUAGGGAUAUCAAGUUACAUGGCUAAAGCCCUUGGUUACCUCUUUGCCUAUAGCUGUCAACGCCAGUCAUGCCAAGAGUCUAUUUCACGUAGCAGCCUAGAGGAUGGAAGACACACUCUAUCCCUCAGGAGUCUACAGUUGAUCUGCAUCAAGUUAGAGUCAAGCACCCAGUUCCGAGAAUUCCUUAACUGCUAUCCUGGCACCGAGGAGGCAAUCAGCAGCUUCAUGGGAAAUAGUGUGAAACCAGAAAGUCAAGGCGACUUGGUAACUAUCCGAAAGAAAUUACAGACAAGUGAACAGUCAAUACCAAGCUAUCUUGGCAACCGUCCCGACCUGACCUUCGCAGCAGUAGUGCCAAUUUGGCAGGAAGUUAGUAAGCAACAACUGCAGGAUUUCAGUCUUGGCUUUGUCUUGUCUGGCUUGAAGGAGUGUGCUCUGGAAGAAGUGGUCUUGAACGGAGUGAACGCAGAACCCAAAUACUGGGUCGCACUGUUUAAGAUGAUACAAGACGGUGUAUUUGUCCAAAUGACAAAGAUGACUCUAAGUCUGAAUGAUCUCACAUCCGAUCAGACAUCUCAGCUGGCGGCUGUUCUGGUGGCCACACCAAAUCUAAAAUACUUGAAGCUGGCCGGAAACGAGUUGGGGGAAGGCUUUGUUAGAAACCUUCCUCAUCUUCCGCAGCUUGAAAAUGUCAUCCUGGACAAAUCAAAGAUGUCGUCCAAAGCGAUGGUGGAAUUCACAAAGAACCUCGAACAGUAUCCUUGCCUGAAGAAGCUGGAUUUGCGGCGUAAUGAGAAUACAGACGACGAAGUCAUUCAUUCCGUGUGUGACACUCUGGGAGACGGAAAGACCUGGAAGGAAUUGAGGCUUUCACUGUACAAGGUCAGCGAAGCAGGGCUUGACCACUUCCAGGGGUCGAUGGGCCUGGCUGAAGCACUGACCCACGUCAACCUUGUGCAUUCUCCAAUCCCAGACAAAGUGAUCCAGUACUGCGCCAAGGCGUUAGCAAGCCUGCCUCGGUUGGAAGACCUAAGAAUAUCAGGCAUCCCAUCCACCUCUCAGGAAGGAUCACUGUGCACCCAACAGACUGUGAAGGAUUUCACGACUGAAAUGUACAAUUUGCAGCAUCUGAGAUUUCUGAGCUUCCUCUACACGAAGAUGUUUUCACGGGACUUCAUCACGAUGCUCAAUAGUUGCCGGGAUCACCCUUCGCUCAAGACAUUCAGGUUUUCUCGCCCGUAUCUGCCAUCGGGGGAGGAUGUCGAGGAAGCCUGCAAGGAAGCAGAAAAAGAAUUUCUACAGCUGUGGGUGUAGUCGCUUCACGGAUGAGUGUCAGCGGCGACUCGACAGACAACUCUCCUGAAAAAAAUAGUACAUGAACUCAACCAGCUGGGUAUGCUCUAUCCAAAUGUAUAGGCUAACUCCUUGGGUCACUUAUGCCACUUUGAAAUUGUUGAUUCAAUAAUUGAAAACUGAGGCAAUUCCUGUUCCGGUCAUGUUCAUUUGAUAGUAGCAUCCAAAGUCAUGAAAGAAAGAAAACUUCGCCCCC